CGUAUCUCGGAGUUUUAAAAUGUUCAACAAUCUUUCGUAAAAGUUGCAUUAUAUAUAUAUAUAUGUGUGUGUGUGUGUGUAGUGUGUAGUGCAGAACAAAGUCAUACACAUCUGGGAUGGCAUUAAGUGCUCAAUGAGGUCUCACGUCAGCGAUGGCUGUAGUGUCAUGGAAGGAGAUCUGUCUUCUGAGUGGACUGGUGGUGGGAUGCUACUGGAACAGCCUAUUUUGUGGUUUUGUGUUCGAUGAUGUCUCUGCCAUCUUGGACAACAAAGAUCUUCGUCCCACCACACCUCUGAAGAAUCUCUUUCUCAAUGACUUCUGGGGUACACCAAUGUCAGAGGAAAGGAGCCAUAAGUCCUACAGGCCGCUCACUGUCCUUACCUUUCGUCUCAAUUACCUGUUCAGUGAGCUGAGCUCCUCAUCCUAUCACCUCCUCAAUGUGCUUCUUCAUGCUGUGGUGUGUGUCCUCUUCCUCCACUUCUGUCGUCUGCUCCUGGACCGAAGCACCAGCCUUAUAGCAGCCCUGCUGUUUGCAGUUCAUCCCAUUCACACAGAGGCUGUGACUGGUGUCGUCGGCAGGGCCGAGUUACUAUCUUCCAUAUUCCUGUUGGCUGCUUUCCUGGCGUACACCAAAUCAAACGGCACAUUUCACUCCAUUGUGUGGACCCCCAUUAUUUUAACCGUGUUCCUGGUUGCCAUUGCCACGCUAUGCAAGGAGCAGGGGAUCACUGUCAUCGGGAUAUGCUGUAUUUAUGAGGUGUUUGUUGCCCAAGGGUUCACUCUGCCCGUGCUGAUUGACACCAUAAUUCAGGUGUUGAGAGGGAAAGACGGAUUCCCCCACGCAGUUCUGCAGACCCUGCUGAAACUCAUUGUUCUGAUCAUCAGCACACUCCUGCUGGUCAUCAUCAGGGUGCAGGUCAUACAGUCCCAGCUGCCAGUUUUUACCAGGUUUGAUAAUCCAGCUGCCGUGAGCUCCACCCCAACCAGACAGCUGACCUUCAACUACCUCCUGCCAGUAAAUGCCUGGCUGCUGCUCAACCCUUCUGAGCUGUGCUGUGACUGGACUAUGGGUACUAUUCCCCUAGUGGAGUCACUGCUGGACCCACGUAACCUGGCAACGCUGGCAUUUUAUGGUUUACUGUGCGUCCUGGCCCAUCACAGCCUGUGGUACGCCCACAGCUCUGCCAAGAUUGUUAUUAUGGCACUGUCUCUUAUCGUCCUCCCUUUCAUUCCUGCAUCCAAUCUGUUUUUUCCAGUGGGCUUUGUUGUGGCUGAAAGAGUCUUGUAUGUGCCCAGUAUGGGAUUCUGUGUUUUGGUGGCCCAUGGAAUCAAAAUUAUUUCCCAAAGAGGAUGCCUAAAGAAAAUGUCUUGGUUGCUCAUUGGCGUUCUUCUAACAACACUUGCUGUGAAGACGUUUACUAGAAACUGGGACUGGGAGUCUGAAUACACACUUUUCACAUCUGCACUGAAAGUGAACAGGAACAAUGCCAAGCUUUGGAAUAAUGUCGGACAUGCUUUGGAGAAUCAGAACAAUUAUGAGAGAGCUCUGAGAUACUUCCUUCAGGCCACAAGAGUACAACCAGAUGACAUUGGGGCGCACAUGAAUGUUGGGAGGACCUACAAGAACCUAAAUAGGUCCAAGGAGGCAGAGGACGCAUAUCUCAUUGCAAAAUCACUUAUGCCACAGAUCAUUCCAGGGAAGAAGUAUGCUACGCGCGUGGCUCCCAACCACCUGAACGUCUACAUUAACCUGGCUAAUCUGAUCCGGGCAAAUGACUCCCGUCUAGAGGAGGCUGACCAACUCUACAGACAAGCCAUCAGCAUGAGACCUGACUUCAAGCAGGCCUACAUCAGUCGAGGGGAGCUUCUGUUGAAAAUGAACAAGCCUAGUGAGGCAAAGGAUGCCUACCUACGAGCUUUGGAGCUGGACCAUACCAAUGCAGACCUCUGGUACAAUCUAGCUAUAGUCAAUAUCGAGAUGAAGGACCCAACGGAGGCUCUGAGAAACUUCAAUCGGGCAUUGGACCUGAAUCCACGCCACAAACUGGCUCUCUUCAACUCUGCUCUUCUAAUGCAAGAAUCAGGAGAGGCAAAAUUACGUCCGGAGGCCAACCGUCGCUUUCUUACCUAUGUGAAAGAAGAGCCAGACGAUGCUAAUGGCUACUUCAACCUAGGAAUGCUAGCAAUGGACGCUAACGAGAACAAAGAGGCAGAGCGCUGGAUGCGUGAGGCCAUUCGACUGCAAGCGGGCUUCCGCAGUGCUUUGUUUAACCUGGCACUGCUCUAUUCCCAGUCUCAACGUGAACUGGAUGCUCUCCCAGUGCUGGAUGAACUUUUACAGUACCACCCCGAGCAUGUAAAAGGCCUGAUCCUCAAAGGCGACAUCCUUAUGAAUCACCGCAAGGAUACGCUUGGUGCUAAGGCCUGUUUCGAACACAUUUUAAAUAUGGAUCCCAGCAAUGUACAAGCCAGGCACAACCUUUGCGUUGUGUACUUCGAAGAACGGGAACUGCAGCGUGCAGAGCGUUGUCUAAUGGAGACAUUAACCAUGGCUCCUCAUGAAGAGUAUAUACGCCGCCACCUCGCCAUUGUGCGCAACAAAAUGUCCGCCAUGAGUGCCGCAGGACAACCAAUUACACCAACAGGGGACAGUGUGGCAGCUAAACCACUACAGCAACAACAACAGGAGAAAAAAGAUGAGGUUGAAGGGUGGGGCGUUGCCUCAGGAGCAGGGGAGGAUGCCAGGAAAGAGAAGAAUUUGAGGAAAUCCUCCACAACAGAAAUCACAAGCGGCCAGGGCCACGACCAGUCAAAGAAGUUGGAUGUGAGCCAGCCUGACAAGCGGACUAAGAGCAAAUCCACAAAAGAGAUUAAAGAUAUAGAAAAGAAAAGAGAGGCCGCCUUGAAGAGACUGGAGGAGAUUGAGCGCAUAUUAAGCAGUGAUUAACCUUGUUUGUCAACCACACUAUUUUUAUAUAACUAUUUAAAGCGCGAGAACGAGACUCUUUCCUUUUAAAUUGAGCCCUAGUUUAUGCUUGUUUUUUUUUCAGCGCUUUUGUUCAAUUGUUAGGUUUCUUUUUUGUUGGAUUGCUUUAUAUUUUUGUUUGAUUGUUUGAAUUUGUAUUUUGUGGGGUAUACCUCCUUUUAUCUGUAGCUUUAAUUAUGUAAAGCUGCAGAGAUGAAAAGGGAAACCAGGUUUGCGCUUCCAAAAUGCGGAAAAAAGGCAAAAUAUUAGGUACCAUCUCUUAAACCCCUACUCCAAAAAUUGUGGAUGCACAAUUACGUCUUAUUUUAAUCAUAUUGUUUAUUUAUGAUUGUGUAUGUAUUGAAUCACUGGAUUAGUUUUACUCACUUUGUGUAUUGGUUGUUACCACUGACAGUUAUUAAAUGCAUAUUACCCAUAAUCACAAAUUAAAUGAAUAGUAUUAUAAGCCAGCCUGUUUUAAACCAGGGUCUCUGGAUGGUCCGUCAGAUGGCAGUUGGGUUUUAGCUCUGCAUGGCCCUCCCACUCGACUAAAUUUCCCUUUGCAUGACAUCAUCAAGCUUCCUCGUAUUCUCUGCUGCUGUUUUUUCACGUGUUGUAUUAUCGCUGUUGUUUUUUCCAUCUCGAGACAGAAUCGUGUCAGUGUUUAUUGUUUAAUUAUAUCCCUCUGACCUAAUCUGAAUAAGGGUCACCUCCUUCUCUCGCCCUCCAUGUCAAUGCUUUUUAGUGUUAUUUUUAUGUUUUGUUAUUUACUACUUCAUGCAUUUUCUUCAGGCUACAUCCAAUGACUUUCAUACCAUUGGGGCUCUUUUCUGAUUUGCUGAUUUCACAGAUUUGUCACGCAGAGGCAGACUUUUCCAUUUACUUUGGAUUUGGCCUCCUGUUGCUGCCUUUCAUGCUGGCUCUUGUUCUGUCCAUGCAGAUCUGUACCACACAACAUUUUAUUUUUAUAAUCAAGCAAAGGAUCGUUUGCCUAAAAAUCUAUAUCUGUCAUCAUUUAUUCACCCAUAUGUUGUUCAAACUUGUAUUGCUUUCUUUAAAAAAUAAAAAUAAAUGAUUGUAUGCAGUAUGACAGCCUCAGUCACCAUUCACUUUAAUUGUAUUGAAAAAUAUUUUAUCAAAGUGACAGGCUAACAUUCUGCCUAAGUUCUACGAAAGAAGGAAAGUCAUAUGGGUUUGGUGAAUUAAAUGUUUGCAGAAUUUAAAUUUUUGGGUGAACUAUCCCUUUAAGUGAAAAAAACCCCAAAACAUUUAAAGGUAACAUCACGUAGCUUGAUAUUUAUGUGGGAUAUUUAAGCUUUAGGAUCAAGUCUGAGAAACGAAAUCAUGCUCUUUAUCCACUGACAUGCGUUACUUGAAUAUUUUAAUACGAUGUGCUGCAAGAUGAUCUGCAAAUCUUUAUGCUGCGAUCGCAGUCUUGUUUGGUGUAAUGAUUCAUGUGAAGCUGAAAUAUCCAUGAACUUUAGCUGGAGUGUGUGAGGCUUAGUGGCAAGCCGUUGUUUUAUUGUUGACUUUGAAGGUGGGCCCUGAAACAUCUCAUCUGACAUCUCAGAUCAUCUUCACAGGAAAAUGGUACCUGAGAGUGAGCUAAUCUGUCAAGAUAAUCUAAAUCUGCAAAGCCUUUAGGAGUUAUGCUUUUCUAUAUAUUCUACAACAUUAACGUUAUUAACAAUAAUGUGUAUUCUUUGCUGGCUGUGUCUGGGGCACAUAUGAAAACUCUAACACAAUGUUGCAAUUAAACACUAGUUAAUAAAGUCACUUUAAGUAGCAUUAACCUUUGCCUUUAUUUUGUUAUAAUUGAGAUCAUUAACUCAAAUUAUUUCUCUCAUUUAUGUUGUUUCAACCCCAUAUAAAUGACUCUCUCCACACAAAAUGUGCAUUUUUAAAGUAUAUCCUGGCCUUUCUUUUCCAUAUAAUGAAAGUGACUGGUGACUGAUGACUGAGGGUGUCAAGCUUCAAAAUUAAAACAAAAAACAUAAAAGUGGUCCAUGUGACUCGCUGUAUCAUCUGUAGCCAUACUGAAGUGAGUUCGUGAGAGAAGUAACAAUGUAUGACACGUGAACAAAUCACUCUUGAGUCAACUUUCCAUGAAUCCACUGACCCAGUUGACAAACCAAUCUGAAUGAUUUGUUCAUGAGUCAGCCUCAUCAGGACUAGAUGAUCCUGUAUUUCAUUAACUUUGUUAUGUACAAGUGCAAAAACAUUUAUGUGAACCCUUUGGAUUUAGCUGGUGUUCAGCAUUUAUUGGUCAAGAAAUGUGAUUUCAUCUUCAUCAUUGUCACAAGUAUAGAUAAACACAAUGUGCUUAAGCUAACAACAAACAAAGUUUUUCAUGGAUCUAUUGAACACAUCCCAUUAAACAUUCACAGUGCUGUGGAAAAAAUAGGUGAACACUUUAAUUUAAUAACUGGUCAAUCCUCCUUUGGCAGCAAUAACCAAAAUUCCAAAGCAUCUCAAUUUGGUUAAAUCAGUGAUUCCAACCUUUUUUUCUGCCAUGCCACAGUUUUUACAAUUAAACAAACCCAACGGCACACCUCUAUCCCACUGUCCCACAUAACCAUCGUUGAUAGUUUUCCUUUUCAAGAACUUGUCCAUGUUUUCUGUCCAUGGAAAUUCGGCUAUGCAAAAACAAAACAAAAAACAAGUCACAUACAGUGCUUGCGUUAGACUUUCUCAUCCACCAUCAUUUUGACAGACAGGGUUGUCUUUGCGCAUAAAGCUGCAGAAAGAGUCACAGAUGGGCGAUUUUAAAAGUUUGCCACGUAAAAAAGUGGAGAUGUGCACAAUAAACAUUGAAAUCAUGUAGACCUAUUUGGAAGAGAGAAAAAAAGCUUGCAGUUGCUUUUGAAAGCAUGAAGUAAUACAAUUACUCGUUUAUGUUUAGGUCUAAGUGUUUUCUUGGUGAAUUUAAAUUAGUUCAAUAUUUUUGGUCUCUGAUAUUUGUAAACAAUAAGGUAAUAUUUAAUUAAAAUAAAUUAUGAGACAUUCAAUGUCUCCACAAAUUUGUACAGUUUUGAAAUAUUUCUUGUUGCAAAAACGUGUGUGUGAAAAACACUUUGGCGUAAAGUCACUUCAUAGACUUCGAUGUAUUCUGAUGCGAAUCAUGUGAAAGACCCUUAACGUGUAUAAAUAUCACUCACUUUUGCACAUUAAUUAUUGCUCUUCACAAUCAAAAAAGUGACCGAUUCUGGUUUCAAAAUGGUGAAUUUCUCCAAAAGGUGAGGAGUUUGGAUGCCUGAAAUUAUAUAUUUUUUUCAUGCAUUUAUUUAUUUUGUGGAAUUUUAUAAUUUUCCACGGCACACCUGACAAUCUUUCACGAAACACUAGUGUGCCCAGUGGUUGGGGAAACAUUGGCUUAAGGUCUGGGAUCUGACUGGGCCACUCCAAAAGGUGGAUUUUCUUUUUUGAAGCCAUUCUGUGGUGGAUUUACUUUGAUUGUCCUGCUGCAUCACCCAAAUUCUCCUGAGCUCCAGAUGGCACACAGCUACCUUGAAAUUAUCCUGUAGAAUAUCUUAGACUCAUUAACAGAGAUUUUAACCAGUCCAAAUGAUUCCUUCUAGUCAUUAGCUUUCACUCUAGGUUUAAAAAAAAAAACAAUUCUUUACCUCAUUGAGCUUUUUGAGGUGUGCCAUUUGAGUUAUAUUGGCUGGACUUCCAGGGAGAGUAGCCGCAGUACUAAAUCGUCUCCAUUUAUAGACCGUUUGUCUAACUGUGGACAAAUGAAUAUCUAAGAUCUUUGAGUUAACUUUGUAACUAUUGCCAGCUUUAUGCAAAGCAACAAUUCUUGAUUGUAGGUCUUCUGAGACCUUUUUUAUGUGAGGCAUUGUCCAUGUCAGCAGAUGCAUUUUGUAAUAACAAAAUUAAAAUGCUUGAGUGCUUUUUAGAAGUCAAAGUAGCUCUAACACACACAUCCAAUCCUUGUUUCAUUAGUGGAUGCCAAGUUUGCAAACACUGGGCCAAUUAGCUUUUGCUGACAUCUUUAGUCGAGGGGUUCACAUACUUUUUCCACAGCACUGUGAAUGCUUAAUGGGAUGUGGUCAAUAGAGACAAAAAGGAUUAUAAAUGUUUGUGUGUUGUUAGUUAAAGUGCAUUGUUGUUUGUCUAUACUUAUGACUUUGAUUAAAUGAGAUCACAUUUUAUGACCAAUUAAUGCAGAAAACAAGCUAAAUCCAAAGGUUUCACACAUUUUUCAUGCCACUGUAUUUUCACCUCAUUUUGAGAAGCCUUUUAAAGUGUGUUUUCAAUUAAACUUGAAACCUGAGCUGCUGCAGUUUGCAGUCACCUGUAUGUUCUUUCUUUUUUGCAACAUCUGUGUAUCUGCCUCUUGUUUAUUUUGUUGUUAGUUUGAUAGUCUAUGAAGACAGAUUUACUUGGUUGUAUCUUAUUUAUAAUAGAAAUGUUUGGGGUUGCAAGUACAGUACUGUCUGUCACUCACUCAACAUUGUGUCGAUGUAGUGACACUAGGGGUUUGCUCUUGAGAGCCCCAAUCACCUUUGCUUUAUUCAGAAAAGGCCAAUGAAAAUUGGCGAGUGUAAUUUGCAUUCCGCUCUCUGCCCCUGACAUACAGGUAUAAAAGGAGAUGGCAUGCACAGAGCGCACGUGUGUGGGGAUUACGGCGCGUAUCAGAAAAAAAAAAAAGUGUAUAUUCAAAAGAGUAUAUCGUCUCUGAAAGAGAUGGAUAUUAUUUAAUAAAAGUAAAUGUUUGUCGGGGCUGUUUCAUAUAUAUAUAUAUAAACGCACAAAACACCUUUCAGUUACAAGAAAUUAAGGAGGAAUUUUAAUAACCUCUUUACUGUCUGCCAUGUCCUCUUCCAACAACAGCCAAUCACGAGAGAUUCAAAGAGAUGCAGCCAAUCAGUACAGGAUUUGGUUAGCAGCCAAUAGCAUUUGUUAACAGAAAGGAUUGGGCCCCACCCCUCAAAACCGACUUGUGUGCGUAAAGAUUUCAGCUGCGCAUGUGUGCAGAAAGUAACUCACGCGUGUGUGCAGAAAAUAACUCGCGCACGUGUUGAGAUCUGUGCGCACAUGUGCAGAAAAUAACUUGCGUGUGUGUUCAGAUCUGCAGGCGCGUGUGGGACCUGUAAUGUCUCACGGUAUUGUUAUUUCUGCUCGUGACUUGUUCAUUUGUUUGGACAAUCAUAUUUUUUGUGCUCGAGUUUAGGAUUUGCAAGUUCUGCAGGUUUACAUUUUACGUGCAAGCUUUGUCAUGUUGCUAACAUAGUUGUAAUUAACUUGCGCGCUGUGUUUAUGCACUUGCACUGUUUUGUCCAACAUAUACUGCCAUACUACACAUACAACACCAGGCACGUGUGGCAGUGUACAGCAGGCGAGUGUUUCAAACAGCUAGACAGAUCGCAGUUAAAGGGUUAGUUCACCCCCAAAUGAAAAUGAUCCCAUAAUUUACUCACCCUCAAGCCAUUCUAGGUGUAUAUUACUUUCUUCUUUCAGCCAAACACAAUUGGAGUUAUAUAAAAAAAUACCUCUCCUGGAGAGGGAAGAGCACUUCCCCAGCGCUAUUCUAGCAGGUGCUCGGCGGGAAAUUGCUUGAUACAAAAAUCAGGGAAGGCCACCACCUGUAGCCUCCUCAGGUAAGUGCCUCCUCAAACCCUUAACGGGACCAGGGAGAUGCCUAACCUAAUUCGCUGGAAGGGCACGAAGUGGUCGAGCACUUACAUGCUGCAGCUUGCCCAGGUCCACUCCUCUGUACCUUGUGACAUGGUUCAGCACCUGCGGCAUUUCGUAUUGAACCCCUAGUGUCACUACAUCGACACAACAUCGAGUGAGUGACAGACAGGGAACGUCUUGGUUACUGAUGUAACCUUUGUUCCCUGAUGGAGGGAACGAGACGUUGUGUCCCUCCUGCCGCAGUGCUGAACCGACCGCUGACAUGGCUAGGACUCUCUCUCGGCUCCUCAGCACAAAUCUGAAUGAGUGGUGCACGCCAUCUCCUUUUAUACCCGUAUGUCCGGGGCGGAGAGCGGCAUGCAAAUUCCAGUCAACAAUUUUCAUUGGCCUUUUCUGAAUAAAUCUCUCAAGUGAUUGGAGCUCUCAAGCAAACCCUAAUUGUCACUACAUCAACACAAUGUCUCGUUCCCUCCAUCAGGGAACAGAGGUUACAUCAGUAACCAGGACGUUUCCACUAAAUCAUCCAGCUCACUUUAGAACUCAUUCAACUGCACAUGAUGUGUCAUAUUUCAAAUUCCCCUCUCAGCUUGAGUCCUUAUGAUGCUUCUCGAAAGAUAUUGAAUCAUAUAUGAUCCUCCUCUUGUUUACUUUGCAGUUGCUUUGUUUUAACACAAAAUUUUUGUUUUUGCCUCCUUAAUUUACAGUAUUUACCUUUUAUUUCUUGUCUGUCUUUUAUUUUCUGUUUUUGACUGAAAUCUUGACUUAUGAGUGGUGGUGGGCCUAUUAUUUUCCAAUUAAAAUUGAUUACUACUGGAAAGUCUCGUAAAUGCCACUUGUUUUGACGUAUGCACAGAGACAAAACAUUUUCGAUCUGCAAGAUGCAUACUGCAAGGUUAGUCUUUCACAUACCUUGGACUUGUGUGCUACCCAAAGGCUGUAUGUUAUUUUACCAGUUGUCAAAGCCUCAGGUUUCAACUCAGCCGCUCGCUGUAAUGUGAUAUGUGUGCAAUGAAGCGCGCUGCAAACAAAUGGUACUUUGUUGUAUUUGUUGAACAAUUUGGCAUGGUAUUGAUCUCAGUAAUUAACAAUCUUUGUGUUAAUCCAUUAACCCUGGCUGAUGGAUUC